GCGGCCGCGGCGGCUUCCAGCCGCACCCGGGGCUGCAGAAGACGCUGGAGCAGUUCCACCUGAGCUCCAUGAGCUCGCUGGGCGGCCCGGCCGCCUUCUCGGCGCGCUGGGCGCAGGAGGCCUACAAGAAGGAGAGCGCCAAGGAGGCGGCCGCCGUGCCCGCGCCGGUGCCCGCGGCCGCGGAGCCGCCGCCCGUGCUGCACCUGCCGGCCAUCCAGCCGCCGCCGCCCGUGCUGCCCGGGCCCUUCUUCAUGCCGUCGGACCGCUCCACCGAGCGCUGCGAGACCGUGCUGGAGGGCGAGACCAUCUCGUGCUUCGUGGUGGGCGGCGAGAAGCGCCUGUGCCUGCCGCAGAUCCUCAACUCGGUGCUGCGCGACUUCUCGCUGCAGCAGAUCAACUCGGUGUGCGACGAGCUGCACAUCUACUGCUCGCGCUGCACGGCCGACCAGCUGGAGAUCCUCAAAGUCAUGGGCAUCCUGCCCUUCUCGGCGCCCUCGUGCGGGCUCAUCACCAAGACGGACGCCGAGCGCCUGUGCAACGCGCUGCUGUAUGGCGGCGCCUACCCGCCGCCCUGCAAGAAGGAGCUGGCCGCCAGCCUGGCGCUGGGCCUGGAGCUCGGCGAGCGCAGCGUGCGCGUGUACCACGAGUGCUUCGGCAAGUGCCAGGGGCUGCUGGUGCCCGAGCUGUACAGCAGCCCCAGCGCCGCCUGCAUCCAGUGCCUGGACUGCCGCCUGCUGUACCCGCCGCACAAGUUCGUGGUGCACUCGCACAAGGCCCUGGAGAACCGGACCUGCCACUGGGGCUUCGACUCGGCCAACUGGCGGGCCUACAUCCUGCUGAGCCGGGACUACGCGGGCAAGGAGGAGCAGGCGCGGCUCGGCCGCUGCCUGGACGACGUCAAGGAGAAGUUCGACUACGCCAGCAAGUACAAGCGGCGGGUAACUAUCAAAACUGUGAUGUUUUUGCGUCCUCGCGUGCGGGGAGCGCCGCCAGCUUGCCUGACCCUCGCCGGCUUUGUCUCCGCGCGCGGAGCUCUGGGCGCCGGGUGGGGGGGCCGCGGGGGCCGCUUCCGCCGGACCGGCUCUGUCCUGGGCCGCGGGCGUGACCCUGGGCUGCCGGGGGUGACCCCCCUGGAGUCACCCGCCCCCGGUGUCGUGGCCCUGGGCACGGGAGGGCACAGCCCGCGCAUGGGCACCUUCAUCGGCGUCUACCUGCCCUGCCUGCAGAACAUCCUGGGCGUGAUCCUCUUCCUGCGCCUGCCCUGGAUCGUGGGGGCGGCCGGCGUGCUGGAGUCGCUGCUCAUUGUGUCCCUGUGCUGCACCUGCGUGGGUGCUGGGGCCGGCGGGCCUCCCGGCGGGGCGGGGCCUCCGGGCGGGGCGGAACCCGGCUGUGCCGGUCAGGGCCGCCGCCCCUCGGUCCCCUGGUCUCAGAGGACGCCCGGCGGGCCGGGGCUCCCGGUCUGA